AUGUCUUAUAAACUCAUUUUCUUCUUCCUUUCUUACUUCUUACUUUUUGGCGCUGUGCGGAGACUUCUUUUGGACUCUUCUUUGGACUCUUUGUUCUUUGCUGAUGUCUUUUUAGCAGCCUUGCCCGUCCAUCGCGAGGAGAAAGGCAAGUCCGUCCUAGAGCUUGUCCGCCUAGCGGAAGGAAAAGGUGGCGCUGUGAUGAACAGCCGCCACAAACCUGAUGGAUGGUUAUGGUCUCCUUUCUGGCCUUCAAGGCCAUCAUCUUCAUCUUUUGUUUCCUCCAGCGGCUCGUUGACCGGUAUGUCAUGUCCCUCGAUUGCCGUACCCUACCCCGUGCAGGAAUCCAUGCUGAAAUAUAAUGUAGCUGGCUUCCCCCGCCUGGUGUUGACGGCCCAGAGAGGCCGAUUCCUUUUCGCAUUCUCCGCGCUCCCCCCGACCCGCAACGAUGAUAUGCGGGCCUUGUAA